AUGGCCGGCGGCGGCGGGUGCUGCGGGUGUCGCGUGGGACCUGCGCUGGCGGCGGGUGCUCGCGCCGACGGCACGGCGGCUGGGAACGGGCCCGGCCCGGCUGCUGCGGGGGCGAGGAGGCUGCCGGCCGGGGCGGGGGAGGCUGCGGGCGGCGGGGUUGCUGCUGCGGCGGAGCAGCUCGGCCGCGCGGGGGCCGCGGCGUCGGCGGAGCAGCUCGUCCCGGGGCGGCGGCGGGGUAGCUUCGGCACGGGGAGCGGCGGAGCAGCUCGGAGCAGCGGUGGCGGCGGAGCAGGAAAGGCGAAAGGAGUUUCUUGCAGGUCGCCGGAGUUCCUCGGCUGGUUCCGGUGCGGCCUGGGGCUUAUUCUUCCCUCUGUGAUCUUCUGGUCUCAGGAGGUUGAGCAAAUCCUAGGGAUCUCCGUCAAUAAAGCCGUAUCUUGGAGCUUUGUUGUUCUGGUGGUCUCGCACGCCGCCGGACAGUCGUCCUCAACCUUUUCUGUCAAGCUUCCAUGGAGGAAGAUGAAGGACGAGGUUGCUGGUACGGGCUCCUCCAAUAAGUGUGGCUAUCUCCAGUCUUGUGAUUUCGGUGCUGAGCUCUUCGUCUUGGCCUGCCUUGGUGGCGAGGGAGAUGAGGAGAACAACUUGAAGUGUACCGGAUCUGGAUGGUGGCGGGGUAUCUUUUAG